AUGGAGUUUUCAUCGCAGGGAUUAUUUCUCUUCUUAUCUUUGAUGAUUUCAGCUCUAUGUGCUUCCCUGUUUAAAAUAACUAUGAUGAAGACGAAAUGGAGUCAGCUUGACUUAGGCGAACGUCGAGAAGAUCAAAGGGUUUUGCCAUUGCCAGGGACAACAGGAUGGCCUAUCAUUGGAGAAAGUUUGGAUUAUUUCUCCAAGAUCAAGAACGGAAACCUCGAGAAAUUUGUAGCUGAUCGGAUGGCGAAAUAUUCCUCAAAAAUCUUUGGGACUUCAUUGUUAGGGCAUUCUAUGGUGGUAUUCUGUACUCCAGAAGGCAACAAGUUCCUGUUUUCGAACGAGAGGAAAUUAGUCCAAGUAUGGUGGCCGAGUACGGUGAACAAAAUCUUCCCCAAGACGGAUAAUAAGCCAAGCCACGAACACUCGAACAAGCUUCGCAACAUGUUACAGGUGAUCUUCAAAAUUGAUGUACUCAAGACUUACAUUGGCACAAUGGAUGAUGUAAUGAAACAACAUUUGGAAAAGCAUUGGGAUUCGAAAGAAGUAAUUGUCGUAGGUCAUAUGGUAAAGAAGUUCUUAUUCACAUUGGCUUGCAAUGUAUUCUUUGGCAUUGAUGAUGCUGAGAAAGUUGACAUGUUUGCAAGAGGGAUGGAAAAUGUGGAGGCUGGAAUCGUCGCGCUACCUUUUAAUUUGCCUGGAACUGCUUUCCGUCGCGCUGUUAAAUCAUCCAAAGUUCUUCUUAAAGAGGUCGAAUCGACUGUAAAGCUAAGAAGAAUCGUAAUGGAUGCUAAUUCGGGGCAGUACAGUAACCCUGGAGGGAAAGUGAAGGACUUCAUGUCCUAUUUGAUUAUGGAAAGAAAUGAUGAUGGGAAACCCUUUAAGGAUGAAGAUAUUGCUAGCCAUUUAGUAGGUUUGUUGUUGGCUAGUUUUACUACUAUGCACAGCACCAUGACCAACCUCAUGAAGUAUCUCUCUGAAUUUCCUCAUAUCUAUGAUUCCGUCCUCCGAGAACAAAACGAAAUUCUAACAGCAAAGGGAGGAGAAGAUAAGGAACUAUGUUGGGAAGAUUUAAGGAAGAUGAAAUACAGUUGGAGUGUAGUGUCUGAAGUUUUAAGAGUGUUGUCACCAAGCACCGGAAGCUUUAGGGAGGCCAUUACAGAUUUUACUUAUGAAGGAUACACAAUUCCAAAAGGUACAAAGAUUCAUUGGAUAUUUCAUGCAACCCACAAAAACCCGAAAUACUUUCCGGAACCAAAUAAAUUUGACCCGUCAAGAUUUCAGGGGGACAAUCCUCCAAGUCCUUAUACAUUUGUUCCCUUCGGAGGUGGACCUCGGAUGUGCCCCGGAACUGAGUAUGCUCGGUUGGUGAUACUAGUUUUUAUGCACAAUGUGGUGACGAAAUUUAGAUGGGAAAAGAAGUGCCCUAAUGAGGGAAUGAUAUAUAUUCCUACUCCAAGACCAAUGCAUGAACUUCCUGUCUGCCUUCAUCCUCACAAUUAA